AUGAAGCCUCUCACCGUGCCCACACUGCGCUCACCUUAUAGACCGCGUUAUCGUGGUUGUCGUCGUAGUGUUCUUCUCGUUUUUUCGUUUCUGGCACUUCUGAGACAUGCAGAGUGCUCAACCCACUGCCCCCCCUCUCCAGUUGUCCCUCUUUUCCAAAUAGGUGUUCUCCCUUUCUCUCUCUUUUUUUUCGUUUUUCCUUCUCCUUUUCCUUCCUUUUAUUCGGCGCCUCUCCAUGCCGAAGCCGUCGCCGCUCCUCUGGAGAACGGCCGCCUCAAACCGACUAGGUCGUCUCUCUCCCAUGUCUCUGCCUGGACACCAACGGCACGAAACCCGUCGCUGUACCCUUCUUCUGUCCACCCCAGGCCUUCCCCAGUGCAAUUUGCUCGUGGGUCUCGCCACGCGUCUGUACUGCCCCACGCCGAUCUGACUACACCACAUGCGAACUCUGUCUCGUCUGUUUUUGUUGCUUCUCCGUCUACUUCCUUUUCCUGUCUUUCUCUCCAGAGCGGCCGUCGACCCUCAGCGUUCGUGCACCUCUCGAACGAGCAGGAACUGAAACGCAAUUUCCGCUCACGCCACCUCUCGCUUCCGCUGUCUCCCCGUGGUGCUUCUUUGUCUGUAACCUCCUCGGCCCUCUUCUCGGCAGUCCCUCCUCCCCCUGGCUCGCCGCAGGCCUUCCACGCUCCUCUCGCGUUCGUCUCCCCUUCCGCUCCUCGCCUUUCGAAUGCACCCUUCCCAGGCCGCUCAAGGCGUACGCUGGACCUUCCUUUCUCUUCACCAGUCUCUCUGUCUCCUGAGGUGUCUCUUUCUCCGCCGUCUUCGUCUUCAGUUUCGUCUUCCUUGCGUUCUUCUUCUGGAGCCGCGCCGGCGUGGCUACCGUAUGGCCUCCCGGAGCGUCUGCCCGAGCCGCUGGGGCGAAGCUCGAGUGUGGAGGCCCUCCAGAAGGCAAAGGAACAUUUCCUAGGAUUGCUGGAGGGAGGCGAACUAACGCCAGCCUCCGACGAACGGUCACGAGAGCCCGAGGGAAGCGGACAAACGUCGGAAGUCGCUUCUUCGCCGCGCUUGACUGAAAAGCAUACACGCAUCUUUUCGAACUUUGCGGAAAUCUACGCGCGAGAAGCAGCGAAAUCCGGACAACUGACGGCCCAGGAAUACGUCGACAUCCUCUCAAGCCUCUGGCAGUUAGCGUGGAAAUACGCAGGUUAUCCGUUUACCCCCUACCACCCAGCACUUGAGACGCCCUUCAAUUUUGCGGAGUGGUCCACACGGCUCUGGCGGCCUCUCGUGUUCUUGCCGACGAGCAAAAUCGUCGUUCCCCCGCCUUCGGCUUCCCCGGAGUUCGCUUCGCCUCUCGGGAGCAUCAACGAACGCCUCGCAGCAGGAGAAAACGUCGUUUUCCUCUCGAACCACCAGACCGAGCCUGAUCCGCAAGUGGUCAAACUGGUCUUCGAACACCUCGGGGAAAGCGCCCUCGCUGACAAAAUUGUCUUUGUCGCAGGCCACAAAGUGCGUGAAGAUCGUCUCUCCACACCCUUUUCCUUGGCAUGCAACUUGCUUUGCGUCCACUCGAAAAAGCACCUGACGCACCCCGAUUUGUCCGCUGAGGAGAAGCAUGAGAAGCAGCGCGAGAACCUCGCUGCCAUGGGCGCUCUCCAGCAACUGCUGGAAGAAGGAGGGAGCGUGAUUUGGGUCGCCCCUAGCGGCGGCCGAGACCGGCAAGACGCGAAAGGAGUGUUCAGCCAGCCGGACCCGUUUGACGUGAAGACCGUCCAGAUGUUUAGGUUGCUCGCGAAGAAAAUUCGGCAGGGGCCUCGAGGAGCAACUACCCACUUUAUCCCGAUGGCGCUCUUCACUGCGCCGAUUUGCCCUCCGCCCAAGCAGGUGGAGACGUCAUUGGGAGAAGCGCGUUCGUGCGCCUUCAGCCCCGUAGGUGUUGCCAUUGGUGAAUCGGUAACCGACGAGGAGGCGCUGAGCCACGAGGAUUUCGCGCGAAAAGCGGAGGCCGAGACCAAGCGUCUCUAUAAACUGAUCACUCCGCGUUUUGAAUAG